AUGCUUUGCGGCAAAAUUUUUGACUUUGGAGGGCGGGGUUUUUCCUUCACGGAAUCUUUAGAAGCGACUUUUUCGUCUAAUUCGAAGGAGUUUUCAGAUCCAGCCGUUAACUUGGAAACCUCCUUGUUGAUGGCCUGGAUCUCUGCGCGGUCUCCUAGUUCCUGCUCUUCCUUUUUAGAGCUUUGUUUGUUGUUCACCACCUCUGGCGUAGUUAGCUUGCUCUCCAGCACAAAAUCUUCUUCCAACGUAUUUCUCGGAGAGCUUCCAACACUGGGCUUAGCCAGGCUGUUGAGUUCGUCUUCUACCUCAACCUCAGAGGAGCGCGGGAUAAGCUCCUUGCCCUGGUCUCGUGACCAAUCCCAGAGCUUGACUCUGCCAUCUGUAGAUCCGGACGCAAGCACGGAGCCGUGUUCAGGGUUCCAUGCGGCACACGUCAGAGACCCGUCAUGUGCGUUGGAGAUGGUUCGCACCGGCUGCUCCAUGUUCCUAAUAUCGUGCAACGAAAGCACUCCGGAUUCGUUUCCGGUGACAAACCCAAACUCGUGCGUGUGGCUGAAAGAUAUCACAUUAACGGGCGAGUCUGAAACCUCAGCUUCCUUCACGCAGCUCAACUUGGCUCGCGUAUCGAAAAUCUUGACUUUUCUGUCAUCUCCAACAGACCCAAUCAAACUUUGA